CGAUGGCACGUGGGAAAAAAGAUUCAACACGCGAAAUCGAUAUGUAGAUUUUUCCUGUUUAAUUUGCUGCGUUAUCAUUUGGCAAAGAAUUCCUCAAGUUCGGAAUGCUGCUUUGAGAGCGGGAUUCGAAGUGUUUUAACCAAUGUUGGUGUGCGAUCGAUAAAUCCUCGAAUCGUUUCAAGAAUUGCACAGAUUUCCAGAAAUGGAACUUCACCAAUUAUAAAACUCAGCAACAACGCCACUCCUUUUAGUUCGUUUUGAUUAAGAAAAAUAUGUUGGAACCAUAUUCGCCCAGUUUAUUAUGGCUUAUCAUUUUGGGUUUUAUCAUCGCAUUCAUUUUGGCGUUUGGAAUCGGAGCGAACGAUGUGGCCAACUCGUUCGGAACCAGCGUCGGAUCCAAAGUGCUUACCAUCGUCCAGGCCUGCUGGUUGGCCACAUUCUUCGAAAUCGCUGGAGCUGUUCUUAUCGGAUACAAAGUGUCGGACACCAUGCGAAAAGGCAUCCUGGACAUCAACGUUUACCAGGACUCAGAGAUGGAACUGAUGAUGGGUUCAGUGUCUGCUCUAGCAUCCAGCGCCGCCUGGUUGAUGGUGGCCACGUUCUUCAAGCUGCCCAUUUCCGGAACCCACAGCAUAGUAGGCGCCACCGUUGGUUACAGCCUGGUUGCCAGGGGAGUCCAAGGCGUCCAAUGGCCUACGCUGGCAAAAAUCAUCGCUUCAUGGUUCAUCUCCCCACUGCUCAGCGGCACCUGUUCAGUGAUACUGCUCUGGAUCAUCAGAACCUGCAUCUUGCGCAAACCGGAUCCUUUGGAGGCGGGCCUGACUGCUCUGCCCUUGUUCUACAGCUUCACCAUCUUCAUCAACGUCUUCUCCAUUGUCCUGGACGGUCCCAAGUUGCUCCACAUGGACAAUAUCCCGCUGUGGCUGGACGCUGCCAUUAGCGUAUCAGCCGCUAUUGUUUCAAUGUUAGUUAUUUGGCUGGUUGUAGUACCGUGGCAACGAAAGAAGAUCAAACUGGAAGCCAGUGAUCCCGAACCGCACGCCGAAGUAAAUUUUAAUAUUGGCGAAUCGACCGACACCUCGCCUGAAGCAAGCCCGAAGAAAUCGAACCGCAACUCCGCAUACUCUGAGCGUCAAUUAACUGUAAUAUCAGAAGCCACUGAGUUACAGUCGCUAGAUAGUAAACUAACGGCUGCUAAGUACGUCUUUCCAAUUCAAACUGGUGAUAAAAAUGGAUACGUCCAAGCUACGGAGACUGAAAUACAUACAAGGCCAAAAGAUUUGAAACUGAAAGAAAGCACGUCGGCUCUGAUCAACCCGACAUUGUCGCCCAGUUCUAGUGGUGUGCCUCUGAUCAGAGAGAAAAGUUACACGAUCGAACAGGAACAAGUUGUGCAGUUGCAGAACAGGCCUGAGCUGGUCGAGAACAAGAGCGUAUCGAAACUGUUCAGUUUCCUGCAAAUUUUAACUGCGAUGUUCGGCAGUUUUGCACACGGAGGAAAUGAUGUCAGCAAUGCAAUAGGCCCGUUAAUAACGCUGUGGCUGAUCUACUCCGAAGGAACAGUGGCGCAAAAAUCAGAAACACCCUUAUUCAUCCUGCUUUAUGGUGGCUUAGGAAUAUCUGUCGGGUUGUGGCUGUGGGGCCGACGAGUGAUACAGACGAUCGGUGAGGAUCUCACUCAAAUAACCCCUUCAACGGGAUUCACCAUUGAGAUCGGGGCGGCAUUUACAGUAUUAUUAGCAAGUAAAAUAGGAAUACCGAUUUCGACCACGCAUUGCAAAGUGGGUUCGGUCGUUUUUGUGGGAUAUUUUAGCUCGUCAAAGGAAGGCGUCGACUGGAGCUUGUUUAGGAACAUUAUCUAUGCGUGGGUUAUCACCGUUCCAAUUGCAGCACUUUUAUCAGCCCUCAUAAUGUUCUCACUCAUUUCACUGAUUUAAAAUGGAAAAAUUAUUGGUUGCCGAUAUUUAUUUGCCUGCCAGUUCAUUUAAGGUUUAAUGGAAAGAAACCAACUGUGGUGCGUUAGCGUAAGUCGAUGUUUUCAAACUAGCUUAGGGUUCCCAUCAUAAACACAUCUAGUUAGAAUGUAUUGGCCUGUUCAUAUGACUUAAAAUGUUGUGCGCGUUAAACCCAAAGUACAAAUCGGAUAGAAGAAUAUUUGUCGACUAGAGGAAAAUGCUCAACAGGCACAAACAAUUUAGUAGAAUAUUUUUAAUUUCUAGACUGUUUCUAAAAAAAAUGCAGUGUCCAAGUUGAGCAAAGUGAGCAAGUUGGUAAAAAUUCAUAAAACCAGUCAAAAGGCCUAUAAAUGAAUCAAAAGAGCAAAACCUUUUGAAUUUCAAAUAAAUAAACAAAUCAAAAAAUUGAUCUCUUUUAUCUCAAAAAAACUUUAGUUUUCUGGCAAAAAAACCUUAUGGACGUUCUGUGAUUCCAAAUUAAAUACGUUUUUGCGAGUGUCUUGUUCUUAAUUAUAAAUUGUUGGUCUGUUAUCAUCAUCAUCAUCAUGGUCUAAUCCGUGUUAAUUUUUAAGCCUAUAUUAUAUCCGCAAUUACAUCUAAGUACUUAUAAUAAUGAUUUUUAAACUGUUUAUAUUUUAGCACAGUAAAAGCGGUUAAAUAUUGAUUUUUUUAAUAUA